AUGUGCUACGCAAUGGCCAUAUGGGUAUCAUUCGUCAGCGGUGUUCGGCGAUUUGCCUGUUGCUCAGGGGACAAAGGGAAAAGAAGACAGAAGUACAACGAGAAAAAUGAAAUAAACAACAACGAGCUCGAAGAACUCGAGGCGUCAAAUGCAGAGGCUCGCCGACUCCUGGACGAAGAAAAGCAACUGCUUCAAGAACAACUCAACGCAGCGAAUGCGCGAAUCGCUGAGCUAGAAUCUCAGGCCGCCGAAGCUCCUCCCCUUCCUCAAACUUUUGCUGCUUCUACUCCUAAAGAAACGCGCGUUCGAAUUGAAAAAGACGAAAAGAAUGAACAUGCUCCCCAAAGUCCCGAAGCAGCUCCUGUUGUAGAAAAACUCGACCUUGAGGAAAGCAACAUUUACGCCGAGUGCGAAUCGCUCCAGUGGGUCGUUGAAAACCUCAGGGACGAGCUUGCUACUUUACGGACGAAAAUGAACGAGUCGAUUCUUAGGGAAGAGGCAAGCAGUAGGGAAGUCUCAAAACUCGCCUCUGAGCUGCAGAAGUCGAUGGAAACGAGCGAGCGCUUCAACGACACGCGCUCGCAUUGCAACGACCUCCAGCGCGAGUUGAACGAGAGCGAGCAAAAAAUUCUAGAGCUCGAAAGAGCCAACGAAAAACUCUCCCAAAAAAUCGAGCAGCUUGAGUACAAACAGUCUUUGUAA